CUCUCGCGAGGACACAGCAACAACACGGACGAGAGGGAGAUGGGGAGAAAUGAGGUCUGAAAAGGACCAAAUGACCGUUGGCAAGGAGAAAAGCGUCGUCGAGAUACAGUUCAGAGACCUCCAAAGAGACCAGGAAAACAUCCCCGGCAACCUUAAGCAGAAAGAGGAGCGGAAAGAGGUUUUCACGAAGGUGGUGAUUCGAAGGCUUCCGCCUAACCUGUCAAAAGACCUGCUAGAGGAACAACUCAGCCCUCUUCCACCUUACGACUAUUUUGAGUUCUUUCCAGCUGAUCAAAGUCUUUAUCCCCAUCUGUUCUCCAGAGCGUAUAUCAACUUUAAAAACCCUGAAGAUAUCCUGCUGUUUAGGGACAGAUUUGACGGUUAUGUCUUCAUUGAUAACAAGGGCCAGGAGUAUCCUGCUGUGGUAGAGUUUGCCCCCUUCCAGAAAAUCUCCAAGAAGAAACUGAAGAAAAAAGAUGCAAAAGCCGGGAGCAUCGAGGAAGACCCUGAAUAUAGGAGGUUCUUGGAGAACUACUCCUGUGAUGAAGAGAAGUCGAUGGCCAACCCUGAGACUCUGCUGGGAGAGAUAGAGGCCAAGACCAGAGAACUCAUAGCCAAAAGGACAACACCUCUGUUGGAGUACAUCAAGAAUAAGAAAAUUGAGAAACAGAGAAUAAGAGAGGAGAAGAGAGAAGAGCGGAGGAGGAGGGAGCUUGAGAAGAAACGUCAAAGGGGAGAAAAGAGAAAGCGGCGAGAGGAGGAGAGGCGCAAACGAAAAGAGGCAGAGAAGCAGAAGAAAUUAUCCGAUAAAGACAUCAAAAUAAAGCUCCUGAAGAAGAGUGACCGGGAUGAUGACGUGGAUUCAGACAGAAUGAAGGAUAAAAGCGACAUCGGGGAGACGGAGAGAGGAAAAUGGGAGAAAACUGGAGGACAGGUGAAGUCAAAGGAUCCCAAAGAAAAAGGGCAGCCAGAGAGCGACAAAGAGCACAGAGAGCAGCACGGCCGAAGACAGAGAGACAAGGAUCACCGCGGGAAAGAUGAGGAGAGGAAACGACAGAGACACCACUAUGAGUUUGACAAGUUCAUGCGCCGCAAAGACGAAACCAAGUGGGGGAAGGGUUACUGCCAGGACCGGGCCAAGAAAGAGGGACACCAUCAUGGCUAUUCUUAUUGUCCUGACAGCGGAGACAAACUGGGAAAGGAGGACAGGGACGAGCUGGGUAACAGGAAGGAACGUCUGCGAAACAAGGUGAGCGAGAAGGACCGCCCCGCCAUGCAGCUCUACCAGCCGGGCGCACGAAACAGGAAGCGCAUGAGCUCGGCAGGAAAAGGCUACGACUGCCUCCCCGUGGGCCUCUCACCUGAGCCUGGGGCCGAGCAUUGUUUUGAGGUGGUAGCUAUGGCAACAGGCCUGGAGAAAGGGUUUGAGAAAAGCAAAGAUGAACAGUAAGCAGUUUGUAAAUGAAUAUAAUUUAAUUUUAAUGAAUAACAUUUACUGUGGCAGGAUUGAGAAGUCAUCACUGAGCUUUUAAAAAAAAUACUCUAUUGAGUAAGAGAAGCACUUCAUUACAGUCUUUUAGGCUUUUUUAAUUGGCUUCAGGUGCAUUUAAAUUCAGAGUUUUGUUAGGUUUUGUUUUGCAGGAACAUGAACAUGCAUACUGUUGUAGUACGCAAAAUCUGUCUUGUUCUCAAGACCGACCUCGAGACCACUUUUUGAAGGUCUCGUUCUCGUCUCGGAAUCGAAAUAAUUUUUACUCGGUCUCGUCUCGGUCUCUGACUGGGCGGACUCUGAAUUGUAAAUUCAAGACUACCGCUAAAAGAGUAAUUUUCAAAGUCAUUACUGUUAUUAGAAGGGAUACGCCCCUUUCUAAAUGAACGGAUCACUUCAAUUAAUUUAUAAAUCUUUUUAACCCCCUGGUUAAGGCCGCAACCUUCCCUGUGUUUCGGUCUAAAUGAGUGACAUGCCAGCUGCACACAAGUUGAUGAUUUUUUAAUUGAUAUUUAUGGUCUUGGUCUUGACUCAGUCUUGUUCCCUAAAUGUCUCGGUCUCUGAGCACUCUGGUCUAGUGUAUGUCUUGGUCCCGGCUAGUGUGGUCUUGACUACAACACUAUGUAGCUUAGAGUUUGACAUAUAAAAAAAUGUGUCUUUGGAAUAACCCAACGAUAGUAGUAACUUCAGUGACAGCACAACUUAAUUUCUCAUUUCUCACGCACUGUUUUUAAAAUCAGCUCCUGCAAGUUAACUUUUAAGUUGCAUUAAAACCUUUAUUUCAUGAGAAAACUCAAUGUAAUAACUUUUUUGUCAUUUUGUUUUUAAGUCGUUCCCUAUAUGAGGUAGCUCGCUUGUGGUAUCCAUCAAAAGAUCCUUUUUUUAUGAAGCCUUUGUGGACUGUGCUGAAACCUGAUGUUUGUAAUAAUCCUAUAGAUUUGAUUAAAAAUGAAAUAUAAUGUAGGGAUGAGCUACAAACAGUGGAUGUAGAAGAACAGAAGAGGACAUUGUGUGUGUGUGUGUGUGUGUGUGUGUGUGUCUUAUGUACUGUACGUAAAGAUAAAAAAGAGAGGGGUGACGAGAUAUAAUCGACAAAGAGGACAAUGUCAACAUGUUGGACGGCUCUCGCGAACAUUUCUGCUUCCUUUUAAAUUUGGUCCCUCUUAUCCUGAAGAGUCAUAUAACAGAGAUGAUGGAAUACUCUUUUAUUUGUGACAUGAUCAACCAUGAGCCAGGAAGAACAUGUUCUCUACCUUUCUAUGAAGCAUUUCCUAGUAACAGAUCAACUUGGUUUCUAUGCUGUGUGCAUGGUUUUUAAUUUGUAACAGAGAAGCCACAGAUAUUUGUAUAGUGAUAUAGUCUGUUGAUCAAGCCUUACACAUUAUUUUUGCACAUGACUGAACAUUUGUCUAUCAUACCUCUUGUAUAUUUUGUGUUCUUUGAAUUGUAAGAGAAUAAAGCUCCCUUUACGUGCUAAGAGGUAAA